CAUCCAAGCAUCACACUCUGAAAAAGAAGGAGGACAGUGAGCAGCACAGGUCCAGAACCACAUCAGAGUUAUACUUCAUUUAAAGCACAGCCAGAGGCACAUCCUGUGUGUCUGUCUGUCCGUGCAAGUGAGGCUGCUGUGAUGUCAUCACCGACCAGUGAAAGCAGGGAUGAGCGGCCCCAGAACACCAGCCAGGAGAAGACAAUGAAGACGCCCACAUCGUCUGCGCUGAGGGGUGCAAUUCAGCUGGGCAUCGGCUACACGGUGGGGAACCUGACGUCCAAGCCGGACCGAGACGUGCUCAUGCAGGACUUCUACAUGGUGGAGAGUGUCUUCAUGCCCAGCGAGGGGAGCAACCUGACCCCAGCGCAUCACUACCCCGACUUCCGCUUCAAAACCUACGCCCCGCUGGCCUUCCGCUACUUCCGCGAGCUGUUCGGCAUCAAACCCGACGACUACCUGUACUCCAUAUGCAACGAGCCGCUGAUCGAGCUGUCCAACCCCGGCGCCAGCAGCUCCUGGUUCUAUGUGACGGGUGAUGAUGAGUUCAUCAUUAAGACUGUGCAGCACAAAGAGGCCGAAUUCCUGCAGAAGCUGCUGCCAGGUUAUUACAUGAAUUUAAACCAGAACCCGAGGACUCUGCUGCCCAAGUUCUACGGUCUGUACUGUGUGCAGUCAGGGGGGGUGAACACCCGCUUGGUGGUGAUGAAUAAUGUGCUGCCUCGCGCCAUGAAGAUGCACUACAAGUACGACCUGAAGGGCUCAACGUACAAGCGGCGAGCCUCCCGAAAGGAGAGGGAGAAGAGCUCCCCCACCUACAAGGACCUGGACUUCCAGGAGCAGCAUGAGGGUCUGCUCUUCGAUGCCGAAACCUACAACGCCCUCAUGAAGACCCUGCAGAGAGACUGCCGGGUGCUGGAGAGCUUUAAGAUCAUGGAUUACAGUCUGCUGCUGGGGAUCCAUGUCCUGGACCAGAGCUCGCAGGACGGGGAGGCGGGGCAGGGGGGCGGGGACAGCAGGCGGGCGGGGCCCCAGAAGGUGCUGUAUUCCACAGCACUGGAGUCCAUCCAGGGAGACGGCAAAGCGGCCGACGCUCUGACCCCCGACACCGCUAUGGGUGGAAUUCCAGCCAAACACAAAGAUGAGAAGCUGCUCAUAUUUCUAGGCAUCAUUGACAUCCUGCAGUCCUACAGGUUCAUCAAGAAGUUGGAGCACUCCUGGAAAGCCCUAGUGUAUGAUGGGGAUUCAGUAUCUGUGCACCGGCCUGGUUUCUAUGCAGACCGAUUUCUGAAGUUCAUGAGCACCACAGUAUUUAAGAAGAUUCCUGUGAUCCGCUCUGCCUCCUCCAAGAGGAAGCGCAGCUCCAUCCAGGCGCUGAAGUGUCAGUCGCAGGAGCUGCUGUCCCAGAAGGAGGAGAAGAAGGAGGAAAGGAGGGACAGACUGGAACGGGCCCGCAGCCUGGCCAGCCUGAACGGACAGGCAGGGUCGCCCCAGCGCCCUGACCUGGUCACAACCCCGCCCGGUCUGCAUCGGGCUGUCUCCCUGGCAACCACCAUGUCAUCCUCCUCCUCCGCUACCAGCCGUCAGGACCUGUCUAAGUCUAAGAGCAGUGACCAGUCCUCCCGCUCCACCUCCGCCCUGGAGGACAGCUCCGCCUCUCUGACCUCUGACCCCAGCGCGGCCGGGGAUAAAGACGACAGCACUAUGCUGGAUGUCUACUUAUGACAUCUACAUUAGCUCCACCCCUCUUCAAUGGGUGUGGCCUCUGUUUCUCCUGGGACAGCUGUCAAUCAUCACACUGCCUUAAACCCCUCCCCCACACGUGGCCAUGUUUCUGCUUUAAAGCCAUCGCCUGUCAAUCAUCCAUCAAUCGAUGCACUCCACUGGACUGGCAAAGCUCUGCAGCACCGACACCCACCUCACCUGAUCCUCACACUGACACUGCCGUCCUCUUCCUCUUCCUCUUCCUCCUCUCCCUCUGCAACUUACUGCCAGAUUACAGCAGAUACUGAGAGCGCAGAAACAAACACAUUUGAUUUAUGCAAUAUAAUUCAACGAAUCCUUAGUGCACCUCUACUAGAACUACUGCUACUUUAUUUUUAUUAGUGUGAUUUCCAUUAUAUUACAUCGCUCUGUUUG